CGAAAAUUACAGUCGUUUAAGUUGUAUGGAUCCAUGCGGAAAUUAGAAAAUAAUUUCAUAUAUUAGCAUUUGUGAUUGUCGUCACUGUAGUAAAAAAUAAAUUCACUAUUCGGGAACUGGAGACGACGAUGACAAGGAUGUGCCCUGCAGUCCAGACACAGAUGGGAACAACUUGAUGAUCCGCACACCAAGUCUCGGUGACGACAGUUACAACUUCCUGAACGAUAAAUCGGAAGGCUGUUCCUUCAUAUCGGAUAUUACAGAGGAAGACUUAUUUGAUCCAAAAUAUAGUGUUAGAGAUUUACCAACCAUUUCAUCAUCCGAUCUUACAGAGUUAUUAGAUGUCAAAACUGGACCUUAUCAGAAUUAUACUGCCAACUUUGGAAAUAAUACUAUAGUUUCCCAGUUCAGAAACAAUCAAAUUCCGCAACAAGGACAAAAUAGAGAGAGUUUUAUUUCAAAUAGCAAUAACCAGGUUCCACAAUAUCAAAGAUAUAUUAAGAACUUUUCUGCUCAAAGAAAUACAUUUUUGUCUCGAAUUAUGUCCGCUCCUCGUGACUCUAUACUGGAAUCGCUAGAAAGCAUUGCACCUAAAUUUCCGCCUCAAGUCAUGGACCUUCCAGAUAUCAGCGUAACAAAUGGGCAUCCAACGUCGUCCUCUGCAGCUGCAGUAUCAAUAUCGACCAGUCAGAUGUAUGGAAACAAUCAAAUGACUGGGUCUCCGCCUGCAAACAACAUGUCCCAUAACUCUUCACCAGUUUCCAAUGCGAUGACUGUAUCCCCUGCCAACUCUUCAACCUCCAAUGUGACUCCUCCGAUGGAGAGUAGCGAAGACAGCGAUGACAGCGUACCCCUGGCUCAGCUGGUGAAGAGGCAAGCUGAGGACAUGGUCCCUGUGCCUACACCAAAGGCCAAGUUAGCCGUGGCAAAGAAGGCACGAAUCCAGAAGAAAAAGAAGAAGAAAGACCCGAAUGAGCCACAGAAACCAGUUUCAGCCUAUGCGCUGUUUUUCCGAGACACACAAGCAGCCAUUAAGGGGCAGAACCCAAACGCUACAUUUGGGGAGGUGUCAAAAAUUGUCGCCUCCAUGUGGGAGGGGCUUGAUCCGGAACAUAAAAAUGCGUACAAGAAGAAGACUGAGAAUGCGAAAAAAGAAUAUUUGAAGCAGUUGGCAGCGUACAGGGCCAGUCUCGUCUCCCAGACACGCAUGGAUGACUCCCCCUCUCCACCGAGACAUUCGCCCCAGGGUACCUCCCCCCAGCACAUGAUGGGAUACAUGAACAACAUGAGCCCUGCCCACAUGGGUAGCCCUGCCCACAUUGGAAGCCCACUCCACGCCCAGUCACCACAACACAUGUCAAGUCCACACCACAUGUCAAGCCCCGCACACAUGAUGGGGGCUCCACAGCACAUCAACAUGAGUCCACGGCACAUGGCCAGCCCACAGCACAUAACCAGUCCAGGUCACAUGAUGUACGAGAAUCAAAACCAGUCUCCUCCACAGUACAACAAUGUGGGAGGGGUGUAUAACAAUGGCCAGUCAAUGGACAUGAUGGAUAAUGGCAUGAGGGUCGACUCACAACAAUUGCCACCUACUGGGGUGGGUUUCUCAUGGGGCAAUGCUGGGCGUAUGGUACCUGCUGGCAUGUGUAUACGUACAGGGUGCAACAACCGGGCCAUCGACAACAUUGGCUGGGACAAUGAGUACUGCAGCAACGAGUGUGUCGUCUCACACUGCAGGGAUGUGUUCACUGCAUGGGUCGCAAACCGACAAGUGAAUGCUUACCCCGUGAAAUGAAUGGCCUCGACCCACAUUGGAUGAGCUACCAGUCUAUCUCUGCUUGCUGCACUGUAGAGCAAGUAUGCACUUGUUUCCAUGGCUACCAGGAAGGAGCAGCCAACAGUUUUGUUCUUAUUGUGAAUAGCCAAUUUGGAAUGAAAAGAAGAACUGUUGUUCAUAUUGUGAGGUUGUGCUUUUAGACAUGAAUAACGAGCAGGCCAUAUAGGUUCAAGGUAGAUCAUGUCAGUUUGUUUUGCUAGAGAGGGCGAGAUAUGAAGAAAGCGACUGUAUAUUUUUACUGCUGUAUUUAAUGUUGGUGUAUAAAAAGCCUAUUGCUUAGAACUAUAUGAUUUUAUUUGUUUGUUGUCUAAAUAAUGGGAUGAAAUGUUCUAUUCCGUAAUUAUGAUGAGAUUUAUGUGACUGCAUGUUACUCAUGCAGAGUUAUUUGGGACCAACUAUCUUACACACUCAAUCGUAGAGCAUGGUUAUUUGUUAUUCAAAGAUAUUCAUAUCUUUUUUGCCAAACAAUUAUGAAUUUGUAUAUAAAUGAUUCUUGAUGUUGUUAUUUAUUUCUCAAAUGUAAUAUUGUAUGUAUGUAUAGCGUGUGUGGGUCAAUCAUGAUGCGAUAUUGAUUUGCUGAUUACAAAUUGUGUUUUCAUGAAAUAUUUUCAGACUUGUUAUGCAUGUCGCCUUUGGGUUUAGAUGUACCAAUGUUUCUGGUAAUGGUAUUUAUACAAAAAUAAUUGGAAAAAAAAAUAAUGAAUUGUUUCAGAUACUCUUAAAUAUAAGAAGGUAGUAAUAAACAUGUAAAUUAAAUUUACUGUUUGCAAUAUGAUUAGUUGAGUACAAUAAAAUAGAAUAUGUUAUUAUUUAUUUAUACUUGGACUUUUUGUGAAUGUAUGUAAUAGGUACUGUACAAGCUUUUCUUCAAAAGUGUCCUCUUACAAACGUUAGAACACCAAUUUUGUCCGAGGCAAAUUAUACGACGAUAAGUGUAUUGCAUAUAUAAGUAAGCAAAUAAAUGCAUUAAUAAAUAUAUAUAUACACAGAUAAAUAGAAAUAUUUUUCCAAAAGAUAAACUUUAGAUUAUUAUCAUGGCCUUUCUAAAUACAAUGUAUCAGAUAGUGGGAUUACUCAAAAUUCUCGUGCACAAACCGCUUACAACUGUAAGAAGACACUUUUUCAAUAGUUCUGCGGGGGUAAAGUCGUAUAAAGUCUUGUAAAAGAAUGUUGACAAAACAUUAGUGACCAACUGAUCCAAUCAAAGAAUGACUCAAUGUAAGGGAUGAAGACUAUUGUAUAUGUACAGUUUCCGUUUCAAAUUUGAAUCUAGGUCAGUUGAGGGUAAGUUUUGCAAACAGACAUUAGAAUUUCAUUUCAGCUAAUCAAAUUGUUCAUUGUUUUUGGUAAUCAAACCUAGAAUACUAGGUAUAAAAUCUUGAAUGGGCUCAUAUUAGAUGCAUUAUGUAAGAUUGUAAUUUGUGUUAAGUAUGAUAUUUUCUAAGUAACAAUAAGAAUAGAUUCAACUUGUUUAAUGUGGUAAAAUGUGGUGAAAUAAACUCAAGAGUUUGCUUUUCUUAAUAACAUUAAAAAGAACUAUAUUCCUUAGGGCUAUUCCAUUUAAACAUAAAACCCCCAAAGGGAAGGCACUUUUAAAAUAUACCACUCCCCUACAGAAGCAAAUUUACUCUUUCAGGGUUUCAAUUACCCUUAGAAAAAAAAGACACCCACCCAUAUACUAUUUAAUGAUUGCUUCCCCGCCAUGGGUUAUGUUUUACUGGAAUAGCCCUUAAAUGAAUCUUGUUAUUUUAUUAUUUAAUUUUCUUGGUGCAUCACUUCUUCAUGCUGAGUUGUUAAACGUGAAUCUGAUCUUUAUUAUUUUAAUAAAUGAUAAUCAAAGUUG